CAGCGAUCUUUACGAGGACUCUCAAAGCGAAAUCCGAAUUCCGUCUCGCCGCUUUGAGCGACAUGUUCUUCAGCUUGACGGCGCUGACCGACCCGGCCUUGAAGCGGUUGUACAAGUUCGUCCUCAAGCGCGUCCUGGGUCGGUUCCUGCAGCAUGACCUGGACAUGAGUCAGCUCCAAGUGCAUCUGCGGCAAGGCACGCUUCAUCUCGUGGAACUGGAGCUGAAUGCCGCUGCAAUCAACGAAUUCCUAGCCACGUCCGGCGUGCCAUUCCAGAUGAAGCGCGGGUUUGUCGGGUCGGUGAAAGUGACGGUGAGCUACUCGAAUCUGCUCAACGAGAGCUGUCUCGUCGCGAUCGACGACAUUGACAUUGUGCUCGAGCCAGUGUCGUCGACACCGCCGCCACCUGCGUCGACACCUCCAACCUCGACCCCGCCCACAUCGAAUCCACAACCCACCGCACAUCAUACUUCGUCCACAACAGGAAAUUACGACUACGAGACCGACGCCGUGGCGCAGGAAGGGCUGGACUUCGUCGCAACAUGGAUCGAGCGCGUCACGUCCAAGAUCAAGGUCACCGUGGCCAACCUGUGCAUCACGUUCGAAGACAGCGCCACUUGUCCCGUGGCAUUGACGCUCCACGUGCCAUGGAUGCAGCUCGUGGACGAGACGCCGCAGGAAGCGUAUCCGUCCGCGUCGAUCCUCAAGGGUCUGCAGUGGAAAGGUCUGCGCGUGGAGAUUGUGCAUCUACAUCGGGACUCCAUCGAAGAGACCGCCGCGCCUUUCUCGGUCGUUCCGAUCCUGGUCUGCGACACCGUCCAGCCCAGCUACGUACAGGUCAAGCUGGACCCGGCGUCGCUGUUGGAAAUCGACGUGUUCGUCCCACACAUGCAGGUACUGGUCCAGCCCAAACAAAUCAGUCACCUGACCCAGCUCGCGGCGCUCUUUACACCCACCACGUCCUGUGACACGGCGGCGUCAUCCCCACCAUUUUCGUCCUCUGCGCCUUUGACCAUGUACCAGUCCAUCUGCGACCCCCCCGAGGCUGCGACGUGGUUAUCCCCAGAUGACCAAGAUAGCCCCCCCCCCCUUCAGAUGGACCCUACCCAGUCGUUUCCAACGCUGUCACUGGCCGAGUUUCAGCGCAUCGAACGGCUACUGCAGCAAUACCAGGACCAAAAAAACGCCAUGAGUCGCCCUCUACCGGCGUUGCGGCGGCAGGGCUCGUCGGACAGUGUCACAGGUCUGUCGGAGCUCGAGGAUGACGAAGAAGAUGAGAUGUUUCACGAUGUCGCAUCUACUUCCUUCUCAAGCACGAUGAUGCAAGGGGCUGGGUAUGGACAGUCGUCCAUGUACAUGAGCGCGCGGCAGCCGGCAGACGAACCGUCCGACGCUGCGACACUGUUACGUCGCGUGAAAGUCACAGUGUUGUCGGUUGAAUUGACCAUGGUGUACGAAGAUUUGGCCGAGAUGAACAAUAGGGAGGUGGGAAUGCUGCCAACCGUGUCACACAUGGAGCGGCUCGUGUGGCGCGUCCACGACGUGCUCGUGCAGGCGAUCAUGCAUCCCCCCCCACACCCGACAAACGUCCAUAUGUCGCUGCACCGUGUCACAUGCGAGGAGCGGCUGGUGCCGCGGCUGUCGGCGCGGCCGGACGACGAAGACGAUGAGAUGCUCGUGAUCCCGUGGCUGCGCUUUCUCGGAGAUGAAAAGGAUGUGGUGGUGCAUUGGCAUGGCGACGAGUCCGCGGCCAGUGUCGUCGUGCACGCGCAGCCGGUGCAAAUCGAGUGGGAUAUGUUUAUGCUGAACCGGGUGCAGGCGUUCUUGAACGCUCCAUCAUCUCCUCCUGCACCUACUAGUACUACUGGUGCACCUCCUCCACGGCCAAUUAUGCACGUACAUGUGCCAUUUGUCCAUAUCCACUUGCGGUUCCCGUUGAUCGCGUCCGACCCCAUCCGGUUUGGCCCGAGCAGUCGCCGCGGUCUCGCCGAAGACACCCUCCAGCUCCACUUUGAACAUGUCAAGCUCGGGUCCGACGUCAUGACGUGGGACGCUCUGCACGUCGAGCUCGUGUACCCGCCCGCGUUCAACCCCCGAUCCCGCGAGGCUCCCCUCGUAGCACCCAUCUGCUCGUCAAAUGUCCAUGCGCAAUGCAGCUGGAGUGUGCACACGCCGACUGCCGAGCAGCUGCAAGCGGCGGCGGGGGUCCGCGCCAAUAUGAAGGAAACAUUUGGAUCGGACGCCGAGCAGGGCGAAGUGAGCAUCGGCGGCGGCGUCGAUGCAUGGCGGCAGACGGAAUUGCUAGAGGCGGCAUGCGUCGGCGCGAGUGCCGCGGUCGUUCGAGUCCACAUCCCCGACGCCGCCGUCGUCGUGGACAAACCCGUGUACGAUCGGCUCAUGAUCCUCACCGACGCACUUGUGACCAUGAGCCCCGUGGACAUUGUCCCCAGCGGCGGCCGCGCCAAGCCGUUAUUGCCGUGCGCGAUGAGCGUCGAGAUCGUGUGCGAUGGCUUCCAUGUCGUGCUCAGACACGAGGCGCUGCCAGAGUACCGCGUGGAACUGGACCACGUGCGAAUCUUUUCGGUUAUGUCGUGGCUCGGGACACUCACGUCCAGACUGCACGUGGCUGCUCAGGAGCUGUCGUUGUACCAAGAAGAUACCCCCGUGCUGUAUAAGAUCGCAUGGGGUCGACCGCACGAAGGUCCGUUGCUGUUGUUUUUGCAGGAAACCACGGAAUUGGCCGACGACAUGCGCGACAUUAGCCUGCACCUACAUUUCUCGCACCUGACGUGGAGGGUCGACAUGGCGUCCAACUGGCUCGGCGACUGUUUGAACGUGCUGCUGACGACGUACCCGCCCGCGAUUGUUCCGCUGGACACGCCCCACGGCGCCGACGAUUCGUUCGACGUGUCGCAGCCGCCGAUUCCGCUGGCGAUGCCUUCCAAGACGGUCUUCACCAAGCUUGUGGUGCAGUGCUACGAGUGUGUGUUGGAUUAUGCGCCGCGGGGCAUCUCGUCGCGGGCGCUGCUCGUUUUGGGCAAACUGUGUCUCAGCUCCAACUUGGUCACAGACGCAGCGGUGCAGGGGUACAAAGUGAGUGUGGCCGAGGUGAGUUUGUUUGUACACCCGCGGCGGUCGUCGCCGUCCACGUACGAGCUGGAAGACCGGUGGCUCUCCAAGACGGCGGCGAGGAGUCCGCUUUCGAUGCAGGAAACGAUAGAGAACAUCGGGUUUCUCGAGGUGGCGACGCUCGACUUUGCCGAUGUGUUUGUGCGCGUGAAUGAAGAGUCAGACAUGGGCGGCCAACUGCACCUAGAGCUGUGUCUGGGCACGAUCAAGCUCAAAGUGUGCUUUGAUUCGUUUGAAACGGUGCGGUUGGUGGGCACGACGUGGUGGGACGAGUUUGCCAAACAUGCCGCCGCGCCGCCGCCGCCGCAUCCCGCGGGAGUGUCCCCCGACGACGAGGACGAUGUGCCCGUGGUGCCCGUGGACGACCGCCAACCGUCGACGGCGUUGAACGUACUGGACCAGAUUGACUUUGCCAUGUUUGAGCCGACUACAGGCCCGACCGUCGCGACCAUGCGGGACACGGAGGCGCGGCUGCUGCAGACCCAGGUCCUUGAAGCCAAGAAGCCCCCCGUCCAUCGCCGCCGCCAGCCGUCGACGCCGCUGGUGAUUGACGACUUUUUUCGUGUCGACAAGGCGACGGCCGACGCCAGUCCAUGGUUCAUCUCAAACACGACGACCCCGCCGCCGCCGCCGCCAUCAUCAUCUACUCAUAGUCAGACGGUGCCGCCGUUGUUCUCGCCCGCGUCGUCGGCCUCCCAACCCCACGCUGGAUCUCCUGCGAUGGUGGAAGCCAGUGCGCGGUGGAUUCCCCCCGAGGCAUCGACCGACGACGACGACGACGACAGUCGCCAUCACCUGACGAUGCACUUUGAAUCGUCGUUCAAGGCCGUGGACGACGAGUACGACGACGACGACGUGACGGACGACAUGACGAUGAGCGUGAGCAUCAACGACACGGAAGAGGUCGAGCUGGACCUCCAUCUGGACGGCGACAUGCGGCUCGAACUGAACCGGCUGCUCGAGGCGGACGACGACGACGACCCAUCCGUCCUCACCGAGGACGAAGAGCUGAGUCCGCGCAGCCACAGCGUCGUCAGUCCCCCCGACUCGCCCACGUCCAACGAAAACUCGGCGAGGUGGUACAGCAGCGACGGCGGUGGCAACUUUAGCGCCCCCCCCGACCCCCCCGCCAUCUACUUGCAUCACGUGGAGAUUCCCAUUGCCGGCGCGGCGGCCGCCCUUUCGUUUGGGGAAAAGGAACUGGCGGCAGCGAUUCAAACCAUGACCAAUGAGUGUCCCCAUAUGAAGACCCCCGUGAUGGUCAAGAGCAUUUUGCUGCGGGAUUUCAACGUGGAAAUGCGCCUGUUUGGGGGCCAUGACUGGCAGCCGUCGACGACGACGACCGCCGCCUCUGACGGCCCAUCAUCGGCAGCACCAACCGCCGACGACAAGACUGAAAAGGCGCAAAAGUUGCUGGAUGCGUUGCUCGAGAAUUACGUGGACGAGUCGGAGAAAUUGAUGCAAAACAAGCCCAAAUCCCGACCCACCAAGCACCGCAAGACGGAAGAAAUGCUCGAGUUGCGAUUGUCCAACAUCAAGCUGCGGUUGGAUUUGUAUGCGGAAGACUCGCCCCAGCCGCUGGCUCAAAACACAGUGCUUCACGUGGGCGACGUGGAAAUACUGGACUACAUCAGCACGUCGCAGAUCCGAAAGUUGUUGUGCUACUGGAAAAGCGACACGUUCCACCCACGGGAGACGGGCACCCCGCUGUUUCACUUUCACCUGAUGACGGUGCGGACGACCGAAGAGGAGCAUCGCCUAAAGCUCAAGUUUCUUCCGCUGCGCAUCAACCUUGACCAAGACGUGCUGGACUUUCUCAAGCACUUUAGUUCGAGUGCCGGUAGCCCCGAUGACGACGACGAAAAGGGGGCUAGAAACGUCAAGCCGGACCUGCCAGCCCCGCUGCACGCCCCCACGGUCGUCAGCGACAAGCCAGAAACAGCCCCCGGGGUCGCGUCGUUCUUUUUUCAAAGCGUGGACAUUCGAUCAUUCAAAAUCAAGAUUGAUUAUCGACCCCAGCGAGUGGACUUUCAAGCUUUGCAAGCUGGGGACUACUUGGAAGUGAUCAAUUUGUUCGUGUUGGAAGGCAUGGAGCUGUCGCUGCGACACAUCAAAUUGAGUGGCGUGAGCAACUGGGACGCGCUGAUCAACCAAACGCUGGUGCAUUGGGUCCAAGACAUUUCCCGACACCAGAUCCACAAGUGCUUGGCGAGCGUGGUGCCGAUGCGGUCGCUGUCCAACAUUGGCGCAGGGGCGGCGGAUUUGAUUUUGCUGCCCAUGGCGCAAUACGGAAAAGACCGCCGCGUCGUGCGCGGGCUUCGAAAAGGUCCAUCUCGCGAUCAUUUGUUUGUGAUAUAUUGGAAGGCGACUACUUUCUUAUUGUAUUGUAGUAGUAGUAGAAGUAGUUAUAGUAGUAGUAGUACUUACUGAUAUGUGGUGGUGUAGGCGCCACGAGCUUUUUGAAAAGUGUGACGAUUGAAACGCUCAACACGGCAUCCAAAUUGGCGCGGGGCACCAAAUCGCUGCUCGAGAGUGCCGACCACGUGAUGCAGGACUCGAAGAAGAAGAAGACGCUGUUCAACUCGCGCAAAGGAAACACCCACGCGCGGUACUUGAUCAGCCAGCCCGCCAACGCCACGGAAGGAUGGAACCAAGCGUAUGCGUCCAUGUCGAGGGAGCUGCAUGUCGUGGCCAAGACGAUUGUGGCCGUGCCGUUGCUGGAGUACCAAAGGACGGGAUCCCACGGGUAUGUGAAGAGUGUGAUUCGGGCGGUGCCGGUGGCCGUUUUGCGGCCCAUGAUUGGAGCCACAGAAGCCAUGUCGAGAGCGUUGAUUGGCGUUCGAAAUGCCGUGGACCCAGAGAUGAAGGAGGACAUGGAAAACAAGUUUAAAGACAUGUCGUGACAUAAUCAACACGAUAUAUGGGUACAUGGAUGGGUCAA